AUGUAUUGUGGGGUAAAAAAAUAUCCACCUUCAUCUCAUGCAUCCAUAAUCAACAGUGUUUUCCCAGGUUCUUGGUUUUCCAAGUUCAAGCCCAGGCCCACCAGCCCCGAACCGAACCCGACCAGAGCCCAGAACCGAGCCAAACCCGAUUUCCCAGCCCAACCGUCAUUCCCCCGAGAGGCUCGGUUCUACAGCGUGGAUGGUGACGAUGACGACGCGUACUGGAGGCUUUCCUUUCACGACGAGCACGCCAAGGGCAUAACCGGAAUUCCACCUUCUCCGUCGAGCUCCGGCGAGGAGGCUCGUAUCCCGGUCUUCCCGAGCUUCGGCCCGAAACUCGGGAGGCGCCCGAGGAAUUCGGGCCGGAGGAGGCCUGACGAGCCGGUUGAGAAAGUUAUAUUUCCGGUGGAGGAAGAAGGGAAAAUAAUCCGAAAGAAGAAAGGAUUUCAAGAUUCUCCGGCUGAUGACUCGGAUGGUUUCGGUUUUAGCCCGAGCCCGGUUGAGGAAGACUACGAUUUUUCGGACGAAACGAGUGAUGAUGAAUCAGAACCCCGGACGAUGAGGUCCCGUCAGAGAAGGAUAACGAAGCAAAAGAAUCGAGCUUUGAAGGCGAAUGGUGGUUAUAAUUAUUCGCCAAAGUGGGAUCUCGAGGAUCUGAAGAGAGUGAAAAUUCGGCCGAGGAAGAAGGAGAUAAUGAAGGGCGGUGGGACAAUGUACGAUAGUUUUGCGGAGGUUAAGACUUCUUAUAAUCCGGGAGAAGACUUUAGGCAAUCGAUGGUUGAGAUGAUUUGCGAGCAAGGGAUCAAGCGGCCGGAGGAGCUCGAGGAGCUUUUGGCUUGUUACCUCACAUUGAAUAGCGACGAGCAUCACGGGCUCAUUAUCCGGGUUUUUCAAGAGGUUUGGUUCGAGCUGAGUGGGGCCGUGUGUUAA